ACCAGAGUUUGCACGGCCUUCUGUCUGCUCGCGCUGGGAUUGCGGGGAGAAGGUGAAGCCAUGGCUUUGGGGUCACAAUCUGCAUUGUCAUUUUUGUGGGCUGCACCGCCAAAGGCUGUUGUAUUCUUCAAAGAGUUGGUGGUGUAUUUCUCAGAGGAGGAAUGGGCUCUGCUGGAUCGGGGCCAAAGGACCUUGUACAGGGAAGUCAUGCUGGAGACAUACAGGAUCGUGGCCUCGCUCAGUUCAGUGUUGGAAGAUUCCCCUGCUCAGGAGCUGGGGUGUAUCUCCUCCAGAAUGGCCAAAGAUGAAGAGCAGGAAGAGAUCGCUGGUGAUCUCAAGGGAUCAGGGGGACAGGAAGGGCAAAAAGCAGAGACUAGGAGGAAUCUGCCUGCCUUCCGGCCACAGGACCCUUGUCAAAACUUAAUCCAGAAACAGGAAGAAAAGGACAAAAAUCCUUCAGAUAGCAGGGCAUUAAUCUCCAAAUUCAAACUUGAAUUGAACCAGAGAAUUUAUACAGGGGAGAAACUCUAUCAACGUUCAGGAUGGACAAAGAGCUCAAACUUGCUUUCGCAUCAAAAAAUCCAUCCCAGUGAGAAAUCAGAUCAUUGCUCGGCGCCCAGAAAGAACUUUCUUCAGAUGGGUGAUCUUUUGCCGUAUCAAAGAAUUUGCGGAGAAGAGGAAUUAUUUAAAUGCUCAGAGUGCGGAAGGCAAUUCAAUCAGAGCCUCUCUCUAGCCCGACACCAGCGAUUACACACGGAAGAAAGACCCUACCGAUGCUUGGAGUGUGGAAAGUGUUUUGGUAGGAACACUUCCCUUAUUUCACAUGGGAGAAUCCACACUGGGGAAAAACGAUACAAAUGCCUGGAGUGCGGCAAGAGCUUUAGCCACACCGCGCUCCUAAGUCGGCAUAAAAAAAGUCACUCGGGAGAGAAGCCAUACCUCUGCUUGGAAUGUCCCAAGGCAUUCACCACGAAUGUCGGUCUGGUUUCUCACAAGAGAAUUCACACGGGGGAAAAACCGUACAUGUGUCUUGAGUGUGGAAAGUGGUUUCGGCAGGGAACACACCUUACGACCCACCGGAGGACCCACACUGGGGAGAAGCCAUACAAAUGCUUUGAGUGUGGAAGGAGCUUCAGUCAGAGUUCGCACCUCACUUUGCACCAACGCACUCACACGGGAGAGAAACCGUACCAGUGCUCUGUGUGCGAGAAGACGUUCAGCAGCAGAACUUACCUGAAUUGCCAUGAAAGGACCCACACGGGAGAGAAACCCUACAAAUGCCUGGACUGCGGAAAGAGCUUCAGUCAGAGCACCAGCCUCAGCAUCCAUAAAAAGAUUCACCGAGGGGUGAAACCGUACGCGUGUUUUGUGUGCCGAAAGAGCUAUUCAUGUAAGAAAAACCUCACUUAUCAUGAGAGAAUCCACACAGAGAGAAAAACCCUCUCAGUCCUUGGAGCGCAAAAGAGCCUUUGAAGAAAUGCAGUUUUUGAAUCCCAUCGGUGUAAAACGAUUCAGAUGUUACAAACUCCGAAAGAGUUCAGAAACUGCAAUGAAAAUGAGAUGGAACAUCUGGGGAGCGGGUCAAAAAAAUAAUGAUGGGGAUUGCAGACCCAUGUUUAAAGCCCUGUCACUUGGCCUGUGCAUCGCAUGUGCCCUAUAACACAAUAACAGAACUAGAAGGGAGCUUAGAGAUCUUCUAGUCCAAACCCCUGCUCAAGCAGGGGACCAUAUACCAUUUCGGACAAAUGAUUGUCCAAUCU